GUUGCUCAGGAUAGCUUGGGUUUGCUUUCUUAAGCAAAGAAAGGGGGAGAGAAACCCCACAUGCACCUUGUUUCCAGGCUGCCAAGUUCACCUCCCAAUCUAGAAGCAGCUCACCAGCUUUUUAAGAAAUUGGGUUCUGCUCCUAGGCCUCAAUCAGAAACUUGAACUGUGGACAUUAGCAGGUGAUGAUGCUGAUCUCCAUGUGUGAAAAUGUGGCGAUCCUGUUUCCUGUAUAAACAGUCACUGUUAAAGGUACAGAGGCAGGCUGGGCUGGGGGUUUCUGGUCACUUGGGAACCCCCUGUCUGGAUGGACAGAUAACCUUAGGCUAAGCAAUGGCACUUUAAGACCCUGAGCUGCAGGGGAAAUGGAUGGCUUAUUAUUAGAGACGAUCGACUCUAAAGGGGUUUUGUUUCCCAAUGGAUUCUAUUAAUGAUUCACUGGAGAAUGUUGCAUUGGCAAUAGUGACCCUUGCGUCCUAUGGCUUAUCUAGCUGCUGGAGCUGCUCCCAUCCCUUCAUCUCCAUUCCAGGAAGAGUUGCACUUGCUGUGUGAGCCACGGCCAGGGGAAGAUUCUUCUCUGUGCCUGCCAGAGACGAUCAAAGAACAAACCAGGACUGAGGCACAAGUCAGGAGCAACAAAUAUACAGGACCAUAUUUGAGUUGAAGAAGACAACAUGGCUUGAGCGAGGCUCUCUUGGCACAGGAAAUCCUCUGAUACUGCUUCCUAGAUCCCAGAGUUUCCAAUGCCCAGACUGGGGUGGUGGAGUCAGCCCAGGGCCUGAGAGUACUUCACCAUCUGCAGUUCAGUGAUUUACCACAUGGGACAGAUUUCCACAAAUCUCAGCAACUCCUGACAACUCUUGCUUUGCAUGCAGCUUGCCUCCCUAGCUCUCAAAAUUGGACUAUCUAUCUGGACAAUACACUUCUUAGUGUAAGCAUAGAGAAGGUGACUCGGAAACUACAAUUAAUCCAGAAUGCGGCUGCUAAACUGGUGACUGGGAGCAGCCGCUGGGACCAUAUAACACCAGUCUUAAAGGAUCUACAUUGGCUCUCAGUACGUUUCCGAGCACAAUUCGAAGUGUUGGUGCUGACCUCUAAAGCUCUAAACGACUUUGGCCCUAUAUACCCGAAGAGCGUCUCCACCACCAUUGCUCAGCCUGGACAUUGAGAUCAAGCACUGAGGGCCUUCUGGCAGUUCCUUAACUACAAGAAGUGAGGUUACAGGGAACCAGGCAGAGGGCCUUCUCGGUAGUCAACGCCCUCCCAUCCGAUGUCAAGGAAAUAAACAACUAUUUGACUUUUAGAAGGCAUCUGAAGGCAGCCCUGUUUAGGGAAGUUUUUUAUGUUUGAUGUUUCAUCAUGUUUUUAAUAUUCUGUUGGGAGCUGCAACCCAGUCAGAUGGGUGACAUACAAAAAUAACAAGAACAACAACAACAACAAUUAAUGGUGUCUCUUGCAGCUCCCUCUCCCUUUAAAAACAAAAAAGUAUUUCCCCCCCCAGGCACCCUGCAAAUUAUAGUGCUGGGGAGACCCCAGUUACUUGGGACUCAGCUAUACAGUUGCAAAUAUAAUGUUUUAAGUGCAUUAUACAAAUGUGACACUAGAUGGUGAUGGGGAGCUUAUGGCAAAUUCAAUAUAUUUUUCAAAACUCUUUUAAAAAUGCAUUUUCACAGCAUUUUUAUAUGUGUCUAGAUUCCACACUGCUGUCUUAAUUAGCCGAUGAUCCCUGAUCUCCCAGGUCCUAGUCUGACACCCUAACCACUACACCACACUGGUUCCAUUCCAUCCUCCUUCUCCUCCGGCUCUAACUAAUAAUCCACUUUUCCUUUCCCAGGCUUCGCACUUGCAUGGACUCACAAUGAAGCAUUUCCUUUGGCUGCUGCUCCUUGCAGGUUAUAUAUAUUGCGAUUACCCCCUAAGAAUAAGCCCUGAUACUUUGGUUGCUUGGAAAGGUUCCUCCAUAGUGAUUCCAUGCCAGAUCAGUGAAACACAUCAUUCUGCUAAAGUCCGUGCCACAGCCGUGACUUGGUUUUUCCAGCCUGUUUGGGAUAACAGUUCAUUUGACUAUAACGGCAGUCUGUUGUAUGACAGUUCCAAAAGGAGGAAAGGCAAUGUAAUGGCAGUAAGUCCUGCCUUUCAGGACCGGGUGAAGUUCAUAGGCAAUUUGGGCAACAGAGACUGCAGCCUGAUGAUUACUCAGCUCCAGACAAAGGACAGCGGCACGUACGGGGCAAGAGUUGUUGCUUCUGUUGGAAACUACAAUUGGAGAAACAAAUGGUUUCGUAAUGCUAUGCUCAACGUUAUAGACAGCCCCAGGGAUGUCCAUCUUGGCAUUAUGAAUGAUCUGCCCAUAAAAGAAGGAGACACGGUUGUGCUGCGCUGCUUUUCAGGCAGAAAUUACUCCAGAGACAACUGGUACAAUUGGGUCAAGUCAGAUCACCAUUCAGUUGAACAUAAGUAUAGUGCUUCAGAGCUGCUAAUCUUCCCUGCGACCUCUGAACCGGUCACAUCUUAUGAAUGUGAAGUAUGCAACCAUGCUGGCUGUACUUUAUCCCAAAUGGUCACCUUGGAUGUACACUUUGCCCCCAAAGGUGUAAAAAUAAAAAUGAUGCCAGCAGGCAAGAUCCAGGAAGGGAAGUCUGUUCAGCUGAAGUGUGAAGUGGGAAAGGCAAAACCCCAGAAUCUCACAUACACAUGGUACAAAGACGGGGAAUGGCUGGAGAUGGACUCUGCGACUAAAGAGUUGUCUAUUCCAGAAGUUACUUUAGCACACUCUGGCAGAUAUUGGUGUGAAGCCGGCAAUAGUGCGGGCACAUCGCGUUCCUCACCAGUCACGCUCAGUGUUAUUGGUUUCUUGUCUGAUGAAAGUGGACUGAGGAAACAUGCUAACUCUUUGGUGGCCUGGAAAGGAUCCUGUGUGCUGAUUCCAUGCGAGAUCAGUGGAACAUUUAACUUUGCCACAGUCAACGCCACAGCUGUGGCUUGGUACUUUGAGCCUUUUUGGGACCACAAAAUGCAGGAUUAUAAUGGUACCCUGUUGUACCACAGCUCCAAAUUCACAGAAGGCAAUGCAAGAAGUGCUGCCUUUCAGGGUCGGGUGACAUUUUCAGGGGACUUAGGUAAUAGAGAUUGCAGCUUGAUGAUCACUCAGCUCCAGAAAAGUGACAGCGGCAGGUAUGGGGCAAGAGUUGUCACUUCUGUUGGAAACUAUCCUUGGAGACUCAAGUGGUUCCUUGAUGCCACAGUUAAUGUUACAGAGUCACCUCCAGAACCCAGGUUGGAAAUAGUCCCUGUGUUAGUCCACCAAGGGAACACUGCAGAAGUGAUCUGCUCAGUGCCUUACCAUUGCGCUGAUGUGCUCGUACUCUUGACUCUCAGUGGCUUAGAGAAGCAUCACUUGUCUCCACAAGUAACCAUGCUUGAGAAUCGAAUCACGAAGAUGGUGAGGUUCGAACCCACAUGGGAGGACAACGGGAAAACGGUGGGCUGCUCACUGAGCAAUCUGGAUGGGUCAGAGAUAUCCCACAGUACCAUGAAACUGAAUGUGAGAUUUCGUCCUGAGGAUGUCCAGCUUACCAUUAUGAAUGAUUUGCCAAUAAAGGAAGGAGAUGCCGUCAUGCUGAACUGCUCUGUGGGCAGAAGUAACCCUGGAAACAACUGGUACAACUGGGUUAAAUCAGAUUCACAUACAGUUGAACAUAACUAUAGUGGCUCAAAUGUAUUGGCUUUCCCUGCGACACCUGGAUCUGAAACGUCUUACACCUGUGAAGUGUGCAACUCUGUUGGCUGUACCUCAUCCCAAACAGUCACUGUGGAUGUUCAUUUCGCUCCCAAGGAGGUAUACAUUUUGGGAAUGACAGAAAAGGUGGUCCAUGAGUUCAGCCGUUUUCAGGUGACGUGCGAAGUGAGAGCAGCUAACCCUCGAGAACUCAAAUACGCGUGGUACAAAGAUGAGCACCAGCUCCUGCAGGACUCUGCAGAUAAUGUGUUGACCAUCCAUGUAGUGAAACCAGAGGAUUCUGGGACCUACCAUUGUGAAGCAAGCAACAGCGCAGGCCCAUCACGCUCCCCAGCCAUUCUUAUAGAUGUCCGUUUUGAGACUUGGCCCUUGCAUGAAUCCACAAUGAGGAGUUUCUUUUUUCUGCUCUUCCUUCCAGGUAUCUUGGGUAAUGAAAAGAUGUUGACUAUUGCCCUGAAUAAUCUGGCUGCGUGGGAAGGAUCCUGUAUUCUUAUUCCAUGCAUGAUUGGCGUAACAUAUAACAAGGUUCGGGUUGACAACUUCUUCCUGAUUUGGUAUUUUGACCCCGUGUAUAAUGAGACACUUAAAGAUUAUUCUGGUAUCAUGUUAUACAAUGGCUCCACGGCCUCAAAGAAGUACCUGACUCCAACAAUGCCACACUUUCUGGAUCGGGUGAGCUUUGUUGGGAAUUUAAAGAACAGAAACUGCAGCCUGAAGAUCUCUCAUCUCCAGAAAAAUGACAGUGGCAAAUAUGGAGCAAGACUUUAUGGCUCUCCUAUAAACAGGCGUGAACGAGAAAAGUGGUUUCUUGAGGCUGCUGUUAAUAUUAAUGUGUCACCACCCAAACCCAAGAUAGAAAGCAUUGCAGAAAUCCGGGAACAGAGGUCAGUGAGAGUGACCUGCUGGGUAUUUUACCACUGCCCUGAUGAGCCAAUUAUGUUGACUCUCAGCGGCUUGGAGGAGAGUCGUAUGUCUUCCCAAAAAACAACCAACAAAUAUGGAAAAGUCCAAACUAUUCUGAGUUUUACUCCAACUUGGGAGGAUCACAGGAAAACGCUGACAUGCACUCUGAAAAGCCACAAUGGGACAGAGAUAUCCCAGAGCACUAUGACAUUGGAUGUGAAAUAUGGUCCCAAAAGAGUUAAGCUGAGCGCUACACCUGGAAUCACAGUCCAAGAAGGGGAAAAACUCUCUCUUGCAUGUACAGUCAACAGUAGCAACCCUGGAGUUACAUACCAAUGGUACUGGAAGGAUGCCUGGAAGUAUGAAUGGACGAGCCCAAUAAAGGAAUUUGAUUCUGUAGGAGAGCAAGAUUCUGGUGUCUAUCGCUGUAAAGCUGAAAACACAUUUGGAUUCGAUAGCUCAGAACUGACCAUCAAUGUCCAGUAUCCACCCAAGGAUGUGAAGAUUGACGUGCCACCGGGGAUAAUCAAAGAAGGGGACUAUGUGGUUUUGCGGUGCUCUUCCCGAGGCAAUCCUGCCACCAACCGCCAUGGCUGGUAUAAAGAUAGUGAGUCUGUCAUAAUUGGAACCGACAAGGAGCUGCAUUUUGAGGCGAUCCAGGCCAGAGAUUCCAGUACCUAUUACUGCAUAGCUGGCAAUGCCAUUGGAAAUUCAAAAUCCUCAUCUGUCACCCUGGACGUUCAGUAUGCUCCCAAGAAUGUCCAGCUUACCCUUAAUAGCCGUCAGCCCAUAACAGAAGGAGACACUGUCCCACUGAACUGCUCUGUGGGCAGCAGUAACCCCAGUCGCAAAUGGUAUAUAUGGUACAAGUCAGAGAAACGUAUAAGUUCUACUCAGGAACUGUACACCUUUACUGCAUCAGCUGAAAAGGUCAGCAUUUACCAAUGUGAAGUUUGCAAUGACAUCAGCUGUACAGCAUCUACACCCAUCUCUGUGACAACACUCUUUGGCCCCAAGGACGUGAAAGCUGUGCAAGAACCUCUGGGGCUGAUCACUGAAAGCAGCUCUGUGAAGCUGAGAUGUGAAGUGAGAGAAGCCAACCCCCAGAAACUCACCUACAUAUGGUACAAAGAAGGGCAGCAGCUGCAGCUGGACUCUACAGUGGCCAUCCUGAAAGUGACCCCUGAGCAUUCUGGCAGUUACUAUUGUGUAGCGAGCAACCAAGUAGGCUCAGCAAAGUCCUCACCAGUUCAGCUGAAUGUCCGUUAUGGGCCUCGUAAUGUCCAUUUACUCCUGAGCACCCAGGAUGCGAUCAUUGAGGGAAUGAGUGUCUCACUGAGAUGCGAUAAUGAUGCGUAUCCACCAGCUGAUGUUUACACAUGGUACUGGAAUGAACAGAGGCUCCAGCAAACUUCCAGGACACUUCAGCUGAAGAAAAUCCAGGUUGACCAGUCAGGAUCCUAUCACUGCAAAACUUCCAAUGGCAUCUCUGAGCAGGACUCUGCAGCCAUGGACAUCACUGUGUCCUACAGCAGAGCUACAGUGUUGAAGCGUGCCCUGAUUGGCCUGGGCAGUGUCCUAUUUGCAGUUUUCCUCCUGGGGUUGCUGUCCUAUGUGGUGCAGAGAUGGAAGAAAACAUUAGACCCUGGCACUGGAAGGGCACGGAGAUCAGGCUCAUUUUUUGUGAAGAAGGCCAAGGGAGAAAAACUGUGCAAUGGUAACAACAGGCUGAGAGAAAGUGGAGCAGAUGGCUCCAUCGGAUUCCUGAACGAGGGCGCAGAAACUUCCAUUUCUUAUGCGGCGCUCAGGUUCCCUCCAAGUUUGUCUGAGGAACGCACUGUUUAUGCAAGUGUCAAAGCACCACAGCCUUUGGAUGAUGCCGUGAUCUACAGUGUGGUAAAGAAACCCGAGCUCCACACAAAGGGAGACACCAAACCUGACUACGAGAACGUGGUGAACAAGAGCGAAGAGGAGCUGCAUUACUCGUCUUUGGUGAACCUGGGCCCACGGCCUCACCCCACCUAUGUAGACUUUGAAACAGACUCUGAAUCGGAGGAGAGCAUCCAGUAUGCAUCCUUGAAGCACUGAUCCUCUUGAAACUAGCAGAGAUCAGGAACUACUCCUAGACUCUUUCCCCUCUGUGUUGAGGCUGGGCCUGUAUUAUAGCUUUCUCUUUGCAAUCAAAUGCAGCAGAACUUGAGCGGGUAGUGCAUAUGAUCUGGCUGUACUGGGAGACAAGCAAGGCUGAGGUUUAGAUAGAUAUGGUGCAUCACUGCCAGCACAGUGCUCCACCUUUCAACACAUUUCAUUGGUGAUCGAGAUCAGUAUCCCCAAGUCUUGUCUUUCCCAUCAAAUCAUAUGGGAAAGAUCUGCUAUUCCUUCCUUCCUUCCUUCCUUCCUUCCUUCCUUCCUUCCUUCCUUCCUUCCUUCCAACAAGUCAAUCCAUACUUGCAACAUAGAAAACUGCUCUCUGUAUAUUCCAGGUGAGACCAUUCAUUCAUCCAGUCUGGUAUCAUCCAUCUUGGCUAGAAGGAGCUCUGCAGGCCCAGAGGUCUUUCCUAUCAUCUGCUGCCUGAUCCUUUGAACUGGACAUGUCACAGAUCAAACCUCUGCGUGGAUCCUUCCACUCAGCUAUGGUUGCAUUCGGUUCAGGGAUUCCCAAGCUGGGUGGGGUCCUCCUGUGCCUUGAAGGGGAUGAGGAAGAUAUUUGAUUCAGAUCACGUUUUACGGUAAACUUAAAAGAAUUCUCAUUUCCCAAAGCCGCACACAAACCGAAACACAGUUGUCCCUCAAAAUUCUCACUUCUGCAAAUUUUGCAAUGCAGUUCUCCAACCAUGCAAUGUGUAUAAAGAGGUAUAUGCAAAGUGGGCAUAUAUAUCUCUUUGUGUGUGUCCCAACUUUUCAUAUCAAGUAGGCCACAAGGGUACUUUGACAUGAAACCUGUGGGCCACACACAGCCUUGUCGUGCACAAGGGGGGGGGGGACAAGGCCAACAUGUGACCCCCUGUCAGCCCUCAUUCUACCUUCCCAAAACUGGGCAAGCAAGGUGCUGGCUUUGGGAAGGAGGUGGGAGGACUCUAGGACCCCACCAGAGCCCUUGUGCCUCCUUCCCAAAGCCCUGUGCCUUGCAGUGCAAGGGCUGUGGAGGAACAUCAAAUGUUGCUGAGGGCUGCAAAAAAAGACCUUGAGACCUUGAGAGAAAGACCACAGUGGACCACCCGUGUGUGUGCGUGUGUGUGUGUGUGUGCGCAUCUAUUAGGAAAACAACAUGGGAAAAUGUAUAUAAAUGGAAGUUGUUUUGCAAAAUGUGCAUUAGGCAAAAUUGCAGAAAAAUAUGUGCAUAUUGGGGGAGAUUCACACUAAAAUGGGUUAUGAAUUUUCACGAGGACUGAUGUAGAAAUGUGAAGAACUGAGCUUGGAAAGAAUGAGAAACUGAGAGAAACCAAAACUGACACAUUCACCUAUACUGCCAGGAGCUUCUUGCAGAGGCAAGAGGGCCAGAGGCUGACCCAGGGGAAGGGAUGGGUGAUAUAUGGGCUUUUGUGCCACCCAAGAGGCAUGAACUAGGGCUGGAGGAAGAGGGAGAGUCUGAGCAGUUGGAGAUGAGGUAGGAGGCACAGGAUGUGUCAGAAGUGGAGGAGAAGACUGUUGCUGAGGG